CGUACUUUGAUUUGUGACAGCGGCGUGUAGUUUGGUUACGGAAGUUGAGGAGGGUCGUUGGUAAACUGUGAACACUCUGCACUGACAGGUUUUUCAGGACGUUGUUGCAGCAGACAGUAAACCUUUUUGACGAGAAGAGAUGGCCCUGUGCUCCGAGCCUGCUAGCGUUAGCUCCGAGGUGAAAGGAGAGCUGAAGAAGGAGAGGAAAGUGGCCGUUGUCACCGGCAUCACCGGACAGGAUGGUUCCUACCUGGCUGAGUUCCUGCUUGCUAAAGGCUACGAGGUUCAUGGUAUUAUGCGACGCUCCAGCUCUUUCAACACGGGUCGCAUUGAGCAUCUCUACCAGAACCCACAGACACACACCGAAGGCAACAUGAAGUUGCAUUAUGGUGAUCUGACGGACAGCACGUGCCUGGUGAAGAUCAUCAACCAGGUGAAGCCGACGGAGAUCUACAACCUGGGCGCUCAGAGUCAUGUCCAGAUCUCCUUUGAGUUGGCUGAAUAUACCGCUAAUGUGGACGGCGUAGGUACGCUUCGUCUCUUGGACGCCGUGAAGACGUGCGGCCUGACCAACACCGUGAAAUUCUACCAGGCCUCGACCAGCGAGCUGUUCGGCAAAGUUCAGGAGAUCCCUCAGACGGAAACCACGCCCUUCUACCCUCGCUCACCUUACGGUGCUGCCAAGCUCUACGCUUAUUGGAUCGUGGUGAACUUUAGAGAGGCCUACAACAUGUUUGCUGUCAACGGGAUCCUCUUUAACCAUGAGAGCCCGAGGAGAGGUUCAAACUUUGUGACGCGUAAGAUCAGCCGUUCUGUGGCAAAGAUUCACCUCGGCCAACUGGAGUGCUUCUGCCUGGGCAACCUGGACUCCAAGAGGGACUGGGGCCACGCCAAAGACUAUGUGGAGGCUAUGUGGCUGAUGCUGCAAGAGGAGGUGCCAGAAGAUUUCAUCAUAGCGACGGGGGAGGUGCACAGCGUGAAGGAGUUUGUGGAGAAGGCCUUCAUACAUUUGGGGAAGACAAUAGUGUGGGAGGGGAAGGAUGAGAAGGAGGUUGGCCGUUGCCAGGAGACAGGAGUGGUACAUGUCAAGGUGGACCCUAAAUACUUCCGUCCUACUGAAGUGGACUACCUACAAGGCGACAGCACCAAAGCUUUCCAGAGGUUGGGUUGGAAGCCAAAGGUCACUUUUGAGGAGCUGGUGAAGGAGAUGGUGGAUGCUGACGUCCUGCUCAUGAAGAAAAACCCAAACGCCUGAGUCCAAAUCAGUCAUUCCAUCCAUUUUAGCACUCCAGUUCCAAACGUGGCGGGAACAUGCUGUAUUUUUAUCUUGGUGACAUUUCCAAAUGAAGUAACUGAGUCUUUGUUGAGAAUUAACGUAACCUUUCAUUGCAGUCUUAUGUCUAUUUCGUUAAAUGCAUUCUAUGAUUUCUAGUCAUCAUGUCAUUUGAAUUCCAUUUUGUUAUCAUGUAGCAGGGAUGCCUUUUAUAUUUCCACAAUCAUUUCCACAUUUUAAGGGUUUAUUUUGAUUGUAAUUGAUUUACAUCAGUGAAAUAUGUUGUUUCUGACAGAGGAUGAAACGGCAGAAAAUAUAAAUGACUGAAAUAAUGAAGUUUUUAUCUCUUUUUGGAAAAUACAAUUGAUUGUCUGACAUUCAAUGAACACAUGUUUCAUUAAAUAAAGAUUGGUCUUUUA